UGCCGACAGGUCGGAUAGUUUUAAAUACAGUUUUUCUGCAUGCGGAUGUGCGUGCCAGGCCGUAUCGUGUGGAACAUUUCCGAGAUGCGUUGGCUAGCUUAGGCCUACUUGCUGAUGUCAUCGCCCUAGGGGCGUAUCAGAUGAGCCACGUUUGGGCGGUUACUUUCAAGAGCGACGAAGGCGUGAAAAGGCUUUCAAGCACCAAGAACCUCAAGGUGAAUGAACAUCGGUGCAUUGUCGUUGAUCCAGCCAAUCAGGCCGUGCGGCUGAAGCUGCAUUGGAUGCUUCAUAACGUGUCGGACGAGGAUAUACGGACAGCCCUGUUACCGUUCGGAAAGGUCACGGACGUUUUCCAUGAAAAAUGGCGUGUUCAAGGAGUUCAAGAUAAAGCAUCGUCGACACAGGUGGUGUCCCUGGUUCUGAAGACGGGUAUGACCAUAGAAGACCUGCCCCAUCAACUUCGUGUAGCUGGUGAGCAGACCCUAGUUGUGGUACCAGGCAGAGCACCCCUUUGCCUGAAGUGCCGAAACACCGGACAUGUACGACGUGACUGCCGCGUCCCGAGAUGUGCAGUAUGCCGUCGCUACGGCCACCAGGAUACGGAAUGUGUUAAGACUUACGCAUCCGUCGCAGGACCUGCUCUCCGAGAGGACGUGGCUGACCUGUUAAUGGACGAGGCUGACGUUGAUGAGGCUUCCCGCGUGCUAGUACCACCGGCGGACACAGUCGCAACACCUUCUGUGCCGGCGGCUAAUUCCACGAAGGUGGUAAAUGUGCUGCCUACGGGCCCGAAAGAUGCAGUGCAAAGGGCAUGCGACGAAGGAGCCAAAGAAGAAUCGGCCGCAAAAUCCACCGCUGCCGAGGAGACCGCCACGGAGCACGGACCGGUAACUUCCUUGAUGGACGUCGAAGAAUCGAGUGCAAGCAAUGCGGCUAUGAAAAGAGCGAGGGACUCGACCGGCAACCUGGACGGCAACCUGGACGGCAACCUUGACAACGGGGCCAAAGACGAGCCGCCGCCAAAGGCGCAGGCGGGUCGUCGUGUGCCCGUGCGCCUGAAGCCAAACAUUCCGCCGGACAGACGACCGGCGGCAAAACCGCCUAAGUAGGACCCGGCGCCUACUGGGGCGCCCGGACUAACGACGUGAAGACAUGGCGUCCUUUUUGGAAUCGGGCUUCGCGUACGCUCUAAAGGUACGCGUGUGGAUCGAGCGGUUUUCAGUGCAAAAGUUAUGCAUGCAAUUUUUUUCUACAGUGUGUCCGGAUCGCUUGUUCUUUAGCGGCACCGUGCGAUCGGCUUGCUUUUGCAGAUAAAUGGCGGGGAAACUAGAGAGAGCACUGAGAGUUGCCACGUUAAAUGUUCGUGGCCUUGGAGCGCGAAGGAGGCAAUAUCAACUUAGCCACUUGUGUAUGGAGAAGGAACUCGAUGUAGUUGCCUUACAAGAAACUAAGGUCGAAACCCAAGAGCAGACCAUCGCAUGGUGACGCCUUUCACGGCGCAUUACAAUGUGUGCGUGUGCCAUGCGAAUGGCACAUCAGGCGGAUGUGCGUUGUUAAUACGGAAGAGUGCUGGUAUCAUUGAAGAAAGUGUAACUGUUUCUGAAACUGGCCGCUUGCUUAUUGUAGAUUUUUCUUUUUCUCACGAUUUGUGGCGGCUCGUAUGCGUUUAUGCGCCAAACAAUGUGAAUGAUCGAUUUUUGUUUUUUGAAUCUAUCGAGCAAUAUCUAAAAUGUGAUCGCUUCGUCAUAUUUCUUGGUGAUUUUAACUGUGUGUGUUCUCCGGAAGACCGACUAAAAAGGGAAAGGGUUCGCGAUAAAAGUGCUCUCCUUUUGAGCAGACUAAUUGAAAACCACAACUUAGAAGAUGUGGGCCUAGUCCUCACUGAUGGUAUCAUUCCGCAGUACACGCACAUUCAGCGAAAUAGCCGAGCAAGGCUGGACAGAGUGUAUGUUUCUGACGUCUUGAUCACCCUUUGUAAUAGUUAUAACGUCGCACCGCAAUCGUUCACGGACCAUAGCUUGGUAAGCUUCUCGAUUGGGGAAAAAGUUAAAAGAACACGAUUCAACUGGAACAUGUGGAAAUUCAACGAAAAGCUGCUUGAUGAUGAACCAUUUGUGCGAAGAGUUAAGGAAAAGAUAACAGAGUUGAUGACAAAUGAGGAUGAAUAUUUUACUGCCACAUGGGAGGAAUUUAAGAUUCAAGUUAAGUUCAUUGCAAUAGAAAGAGGAAGCAGCCUUCAGCACGAUAAAUUACAGAAACAAAGAGAGCUGCAAAGACAGCUAGAAUAUCUGUCAAGCGCAGAAAAUGCGGGUCACGAUCUAUUAGCUGAAAACGUAAAGAAAGUAAGACGCGAGCUUGAAGUUAUCGACGAAGAGCGAUACAAAGCAGCAGUUAUACGCGCUAGAAGCGAACGCCUAUGGAUGGGUGAGAUACCAAACAAACGGGCAAUGAGCGAUGAAAAGCGUCACGCGUCAAGAAAUGAGAUCCAACAGAUACGUCUUCAAAACGAGGUGACGUCAGACGCUUCGUCGAUUGAGAAAGCUUUUGUGGAGCACUAUCGCGAAUUGUUCGGCAUUGUGACGCGUUCUGGACUGGUCUUCGAGAGUGAAUUCAUGAGCGAGAUGCCAAGGUUGGAUGACGACGUUAGAGAAAGUCUUGAGAGACCAAUAGCUGUAUCCGAGAUCGAAAGGGCGAUGGAAGAACUGCCAUUAGGCAAAUCGCCAGGGCCGGAUGGCCUAGGCGCCGCUUUUUACAAGGCAUUCAGUCAGGAGUUUGCGUGUAUAUUGCACCGACUACUCUCAGAGGCGUAUGAAUUUAAAAAAGUACCACCCUCAUUCCGGACUUCACACAUAGUAUUAAUUCCGAAAACCGAUGACCGGGAAAAGCUCCUUUCAGUAGGUUCAUACAGACCGAUAAG